AUGUUGAUAUGGCUUUGCAAGAGCCGCGGGAGAACAAGCCUCCUCAAGAUGUCCAUGUCUUUUACUGUGUGGCCGACGGCGUUGCCCAAGUACAAAGGCGAAGGCGAUUCUGCAUGGAUUAUAAGGGUCAAAAAGAAGCUGAAAACCAUUUACGAGAGGCAAGGUUACAAGGAGAUCUGGCAAAUGAUUAUGGCACGCUCUGUUGAGCCACAGACCGCAGAAUCUGGAGACCGGCUGCUAAGCGUGCCUAACCCUCCUGAACAUUCACACACUGGCGAUACACCCUCUUCCAUCUUUGUAAGAGAAGAAGAAGAAGAAGGAGAAGGAGAAGAAGAAGAAGAAGAAGAAGAAGCUCAGGAAGACACGAGCGUGAAAGAUUCUGAACUGCAGGAAUCCGAGGACAUGGAAGACCCGGAAGACUCGGACUACAUGCCUCGCUAG